UAGUAUCUGAAAUUAGUUGCUUCAUCGUCUUCAGCCGCCAUAAGUUCCGAUCAGUUUCGACGUUUUCGUGCCAAGUUUCGUUUUAGUUGUUGUGCAGUAAAGAAAGGUUUUCGUGAAUUUUACGUCAAAAGUGUUGCUACUUCCUGAGUCGUGAGUCCGUCCAAAUGGACUGCGGCCCUUAAAACUGUUUGGAAUGCACUAGCAAACCAUUUGCUAGAGUGAGAGAGGGUGUAAAAAUGCAAAAUUGGAAUCAAUGGCAAUUGUCAGCUGGUGCUGUUGCUACUCCAAUGCCGCAACCACCAGUUGGUUAUGCUACUCCAGGAGCAGAUCCUAUGGCUAUGAUGCAAGCUUACAUGCAAUAUUAUAAUCAACCAGCACCUAGUGGAUAUACAGCUGAACAAUGGGCUGCAGCUCAACAACAAAACUGGGCUCAGUGGCAGCAAUGGCAGCAACAAUAUCAACAAUGGCAAGCGCAGUAUGGAGAGAAGUAUCAAGAAACAAUGAAACACAUGUCUGCCCAGAACAUGAGCUUAAAUAAUCAGGUGCCACAAUUACCAAUUGUACAACCUCCACCACCUCUUCCAAAAGAGGACACAAAACCGCCAUUACCUCCAACUGCUAUGAACACAUAUCAAUUUACAAGCAUGCCUCCCCCACAUCAAAACAAUCUUCCAUUAUUUCCUGCUAAACAGAAUGCGAGUACUCCAACUCAACAAACAAAUAUACAAAAUUGUCCUCAAAAUCCUCCUCUGCCUCCAAAUCAGCCACCAUUACCUCCCGAAAAUAAUAAUAGUAAAGAAAAUAAUAAUUUAAAUGGUAAACGCAGUAGUAAUACUGGUAGUGAAUCUAAUAGUGCUAAAAAGUUGAAAGUCGAAGAUGAAGAACUAACUGAAGCUGAGAAAACAUUUGAUGCUCAGUUUAAACAGUGGGAAGAACAGUUUAAUAAGUGGAAACAGCAAAAUGCUAAUCAUCCAGACAAGACUCAGUACAAACAGUAUGAAGCGAAAUGGACAUCAUGGCGAGAGAAGCUUAUCGAACGACGAGAACAAAUGCGUAGAAAACGCGAACAACAAAAGCAAGCUGCUAAGGUAGACGUCGAGAAGAACAAAAGCUUACCAGGCGAUGAUAAGAUAUUGAAUAUUCUGUCCAGUACGGAAAAUCAAAGAUUAAUUAAUAAUUUAUUGGGUAUUGGGAAAACUCUUGGCUUAACUGGGAAACAAAAUACCAAUGUACCUCCACCGCCACCGCCGCCACCAGCAACAGAAACAAUAACGUCUAAUGUUCAAACUGCAACCUCUUCUCAAGUCUCCCAGUCAUCGACAGGCCAGCUACCAGUCAUGAACAUGAUGUCUUCUAAUAUGAUGACUUCAUCACCUUGGAAUUCUCAGCAAUGGACAUCACAAUACAACGCAGGAGUGAAUGUAUCGAAUUUCCCUAACUUUCAAACUAUGACAGGAGUACCUCCUCCUCCAUUCAAUAUGCCACCAACUCAAAUGCCUCCGCCAAACUUUACACAACCACCGCCGAAUUUUCCAGCUGUACCGAACUUCUCACAGCCACCACCAGGAUUUAUUAGCAACGAUUCGCGACAGAGUAGCAAUAUACGACCAUCAGUUCCACCUAACAUGCAAGGAAGACCACCUCCAUUCGGUAUGAACCCUAGUAACGGUCCGGAUAACAAUCUGAUGCAUAACGAACGUCAAGGUCAACUUGGUUCUAUGAAUAAUUUCGACUCGGUAAGUCAUCAGAGUAACUUUGGUGUGAAUGAUUCUGUUCGUCAAAAGGAAGGUAUGCCACCAGAACGUUUUAGUUCAGAUAGUAUGAAUGAUCAGCAAAUUAAUCAGUUUCGCAAUGAUAUGUUCGUUCCACGAAGUGAAAAUUAUAAAUUAAAUGAUGAACGAGUAUCUGAAGCUGAUCAGUUUAGAAGGGAAGACAGAAAUUAUCAAGAACAUGGAAACAGUCAGUUCAAUCAGCAGAAAAUAAACUUCAACGACAGAUUUACCUCUGGAAAUGAUCGGUUUGGGCCAGGAAAUAAUCGUUUCGGUCCAACGAACGACAGAUUUGGACCUGGAGACAACAGAUUUGUUGUUGGAAACGAUAGGUUUGGACCAGGAGGUGAUAGAAUUGGACAAGGAAACGAACCUGUUAAUGAUCGAUUUGGUUUAAAUAAUGAACUUUGCAGUCCUGGAGGUGAUAGAUUUAAUAGAAAUAAUAUAGAUCGUUUUGAUCAAAAAGACGUAGGAGAUAAUAGGCGUGAUAGUUUCCCAAAUACUCCAAGAAAUUUUAAUAGAAAUACUCAAUUUGAGUCAUCGGACAAAUUUGCCCCAGAACUUAAGAAGCUCAUGGAAAAAAGAAGAGCAGCGAUGGAUGUAUUUAAACCAAGUUACCUUGAUUCUGACAAAAGUAGUACCGUUGGUUCACUGAGUGAAAGCUUUAAAAAAAUUACGGGUGAUUCUCUGUUCAUGAAACCUGGUGGAAACCAGAAUUUUGGAACUCGUGGGUCUUCCAAUUUUGCAUCAGGUGUACCUAGUAAUUUUAGAAUGUCUGGAGAUUUCAAGCUUCAAGGAAGUCCUGACUUUGGACCGCGUGGUUCUCCAGGAAUUGUACGCAAUAAUUCGUUCGAUUCACGGGACGGAACUGGAAGUUCGUUCAAAGGACCGAAUUCUAGUCCACAUGUACAAGAUUUUACAAAUACCGAACCUAGAUCGGAAAUUGUGAAUAUUAGAAACGACAUGGAUGUGAAAAACGAGAUUAAAAAUGAGUCUCCUAUUGUAGUAGAACAAACUGCGGUAAAUAGUUCGAAAGCGACUGAACAAAAUGUCGAUAACGCACAGAAAGACAAUUCUGAGAACUAUUCAGUACAAAAGGACAUUCCAUUAUUAGAAAAGCCACCCUGGAUUGAUGUUCAACUUCCCGAAGAUAACUCAUUGCAGAAGGAUGGUAUUAAAGAGGAAGAAAUUCCGUCUGCAAAAUAUAGCUGUUCAGAACAGAAUUCACAAAAUGCAUUCAAAGAACAAACAGAAGCAAAACAAGAGCUAUCUAAUAACAAUAGUGAAAAUAUUGAGAAAAAAACGGAGGUGUUACCUUUCAUGGGAGAAAAUGAUCCGAAACCUGAAGAUUUAAAUAUGGAACCACCCCCUGAAUUACCUAAUUUAGGUCCUGUUCUUACAGACACUAAUAAAACUAUUGAUUCUAUACAAAGAACAGAUGAAUCAUAUGACGCAAAGGAGUCUUCUUUGAAACCAUUUGCAAGUAAUACUGAGUCUUUUGAUCCAAGAGGACCUUUUGAUUCUCCAUUCGGUCCAAGAGGAAUGCCAUUUAGACCAAAUGUACCCUUCUUAAGUCCAAGAGGUCCUAACGACGUUAGACUUCCUAUGUUUGAAUCGCCAUUUAAUUCUUCUGGUCCAAAUCCGUAUCCAUUAGGUCCUCAAGGACCCAACGACGUACAAUUUGGUCCAAGAAGUUUGAACGAUGGGCAAUUUGGUCCAAGAGGUCCGAAUGAUGGACAAUUUGGUCCAAGAGGUCCGAACGAUGGACAAUUUGGUCCAAGAGGUCCGAACGACGGACAAUUUGGUCUAAGAAGUCAUAACAAUACACAGUUUGGUCCUCGAGGUCCUGGUGAUGGACCCUUUGGUCCAAGAGGUCCUGGCAAUGGACAAUUUGGCCCUAGAAGUGUCAAUGAUGGAAUCUUUGGUCCAAGAGGUCCUACUGAUGGAUUAUUUGGGCCAAGAGGUCCUGCUGAUAAUCAGUUUGGACUAAGAGCUCCUAAUAAUACACAAUUUGGAUCCAGACCUUUGAAUAUUGGACAAUUUGACCCCAGAUACGAUAUUCAAUUAGGCUUAAGAAGACCUAAUAAUGGACAAUUCGGCUCUAGAAGUACGAGCGAUGGACAGUUUGGUCCUCAGGGAUCUAAUAAUAGGUCAAUUGAUAAUCGAGGUCCUGGUGAUUCUCAAUUUAUUCCUAGAGGAUUAAACGAAGGACAGUCUAGAUUUUCGGGACCCAAUGAAAAACUUUUUGGUUCACGACGCAAUGAUCUAUCUUACCAACGAAAUCCAACUGGUUCAAAAAUAGCAAACGACGCCCAGUUUCCAAAUAGAUUUAAUGAAAAACAAUUUGAUAAUUCCAUUGACGGAUGCUUUGGCCCACAGGGUUCUAAUGAUACAUAUUUUGGUUCACGAGGUCCGAUAGGUGAUACAGUUGAUACUUCCUUCCCAUCUCGAGGUCAGUCUGAUAGACCCUUCGAUAAUAGACAACUUGAUGUCAGAGCAAUUGGAGAAUUUAGAUCAAAAGGACCAAUUGACAACAAUUCUGGCCCCAAAAUUCCAGGUACAUCAGAAACAAGUGGUGAAAUAUUCGCUAAUAAUGAAAAAAUACUAAUUGACGAAAAUAUACAGCAAAGGCAGUUUGAUUCUAAUGAUACACAGAAUGCAGGCUGGAGGCAACCAUACUCUAAAAAUAGCUUUGGAGAUAUAGAUCAAAGAUCUGGAAGAGGUUAUUCUGAUAAAUCCAUGUUAACUCAAAAUGAAUCGUUCAAUCAGAUUGCAGCGAACAACAUAGAACGACGAUCUCCUAUGAAUGGAAAUAAAUGUAAUAUUUCUGAUAAAAGAUCAGAGAGAAAUAUGAACGAUAUGACAGUAGGUGAUUAUAAGACUGGAUAUUCAGAUCCUUCAUCAGGUUCUGAUUAUACAAAAUUCGAUAACUCUAAUAUGUACAUGAAACGAUCCAUGGAUAAUCGACAGUCUCAAAUCAGGUGUCCACCUGUGAAAGAAUUUUGCAUAGAGAAACAAUUUAAUUACAAUCACGGCGGGGCCGGCGGUGACAAGAAAUUUCUUGAACACAUACCUGUUAAAGUAAUAGAUUAUGCCCAUACUUCUCGAUCAUCGAUUCAAGAUCACUUAACUCCUGUGCAGUGUUUUGAUUAUGGACAUGGUAAUUUAAAACCAUUAGUGCCAGAGCAUGAGAUGUACCCGACAAAAGAUUUUAGAAAUUGGGAGGAGAACGAGCAGAAUUUGAAAGACUACACAGAUAGAAUAAGGAGGUACGAAUGUUAUGCAAGCAAGACAGAAUCUAGGCGGUCAGGAGACUAUAAGCAAAAAAGAAAUAGCGAAGAAUUUAUCGACGAUAGGAAAUCUGAAAGGGAACACAAAGAAAAAGAAGAUUAUAAAAUGAAAGAACAUGAUGAUAGGAUAUUUGACCAUACAUCUGAUAAAGAUUUAGAUAACCGUUUUGAAAAGAAUUCGACUAAAGAAAGAACGCGGGAAAGAUGUGAAACUUCUCAAAAGGAAACAAAUAAAGAAAAUGACAAAGAUGAAGAUAGAUCGAAAGGAAAUAUAAACUGGCAGGAGAAUUCGAACAAGAACAUCAUAGAUACAAAGCCAUCAGAAACCAGUGUUACAGAUACUCAGCACAAUGUCUUGGAAGCUGCACCAAAAACUUUGGAAUUGGCAAAAACAUCAAACUGCACAAUGGUGGAUGAUUUAUUGUGUCCUCCAGGUCGUCAGAACAGACCACCAAAAAUAGCUAUAAUUUUAAGAGGUCCACCAGGCAGUGGAAAAUCAUUUGUGGCAAAACUUAUUAAGGAUAAAGAAGUUGAACAGGGAGGUUCUGCACCAAGAAUAUUAAGUCUUGAUGAUUAUUUCUUGGUAGAGAAAGAAAUAGAAUCUAUGGAUGAUAAUGGAAAGAAGAUUAUAGUUAAGGAAAUGGUCUAUGAAUAUGAGGAAGCAAUGGAGCAAAGUUACAUUGCAUCUCUUGUUAAAGCUUUUAAGAAGAACAUUACCGAUGGUUUCUUCAAUUUUAUUAUAUUAGAUUGUAUUAACGAAAAAAUAUCUGAUUAUGAAGAAAUGUGGAGUUUUGCUAAAACGAAAGGUUUCAAAGUGUAUGUGUGUGAAAUGGAAAUGGAUUUACAAAUUUGUUUAAAAAGAAAUAUUCACAAUCGUACAGAAGAUGAAAUAAAUAGAAUUAUAGAUUAUUUUGAGCCAACUCCAAACUAUCAUCAAAAAUUAGAUGUUAAUUCAAUGUUACAAGAACAAGCAAUUGAAGAAGUUCAUAUGGAAGACACUGAAGAAGCUCAGGAGAAAUCUUCUCAACAAAAUGAAGAUAGUCAAGAUAGUCAAGAUGAUAUUCAAGAUACUAUUGGAGUUAGCAAAUGGGAACGUAUGGAAGCCGAAGAUAAAUUAGAUCGUUUGGAUGGGUUAGCAAAAAAGAAAAAUGAAGGAAAAGUGCAGACUAUGAAAGAUUUCCUUCAAGUUCCCGAUUAUUAUAACAUGGAAGAUACUUCUGGUAAAAAACGCGUACGGUGGGCAGAUUUGGAAGAACGUAAAGAACAAGAAAAAAUGCGUGCUGUAGGAUUUGUAGUUGGUCAUACAAAUUGGGAUCGUAUGAUGGAUCCCACAAAAGGAGGAAGCGCCUUAACACGCACAAAGUUUUUCUCACUAUCAUAAUGACAUAUUUUUAUUCGACUACAAUAGUGUACAGAAGUGAACAAGAGAUGUCUACAAACAUUCAAAUUCUUCAGAUGAUGUAUGGUUCUAAUACAGCCUUAUAGAAAUUUAUAACUAAGCUACUAUGAAAUCUUAUUAAUUUAUGUAAAGCAUUAUGGAGUUAUUGUAUAUAUCAUUAAUGGAAUUGUUUUCAUUAUACAUUUUUAUAUUUACUUUAUGCAUAAUAAUGUAUAAGAUAAGUUGAAAGCUUAAGUAUAUGCGAUCAUCAUACACUGCCUGUUCAGAAUUAUAGCACUGAAAAUAUAUCCAUUAUUCGGUUUAAAGAAUAAUUGUAUUGAUAAAGUAAAAAAAAAAAAAAAAAUAAAUUGUAGAAAAUUGUUU